AUGAACAAUAAUCAAAUUCGUCCAUCAUUAUCACCACAAGAUUCUGCAACAAUGCUUGCUCAAAUACAACAAAAAAAUCCACAAAUGUAUGCUCGUCUUCAAGCAAUGCGUUCUGAUUUAACAGAAACAGCAUAUGAACAGUUGUUGGCUGCAGUUGCUGUUUCUGCUGCUAAUUCAAAUGGGCAAGGACAUGGACAUUCGCAUACUCAUUCGUCGUCGUGUGCACAUUCUAAUUCACAAAUGCAUUUUUCUCAACCUGUACCUGACGUACCUCCGAAACCGAACGCUGCUGAAAUGAAUAUUGUUCAAGCUGUACAAUAUAAUGAAAUAGAACGAGUUAAACAAUUGAUUGAAUCAGGUCAAGCCGAUGUGAAUACACCGGAUAGUGAAGCAUGUCAUUUAUUGCAUUGGGCAUCAAUCAAUAAUCAUGUAGAGUUAGUACGAUAUUUAAUUGCAAAAGGUGCAACAGUAGAUAUUAUAGGUGGUGAUCUGAAAUCAACACCAUUACAUUGGGCAUUAUAUUCUAUUGUCACAUAUAUAUAUAUAUAUAUACAUGCAGGUCGACAAGGUGCUGCCGAAACCUUCUUUCUUCUUGUUGAUAAUGGAGCAGCAAUUGACUCACGUGAUAUAAAUGGUGUUCAACCAAUUCAUAUUGCAGCUCAAUAUGGUCAAAUAAAAAUACUUGCUUACUUACUUGGUUCUGGUGUUGAUGUUGAAUGUCAUGAUGGACGAGAUUUUACACCAUUAAUAUAUUCAUGUCUUGGUCCACCACAAAAUUAUGUUCCAUUGCCAAAUUCAUCACAUGUUUGUUGUACACAAUUUCUUUUAACGUUUGGUGCAGAUGUUAAUUAUCAAGAACCAACACGUCGUUUUACUCCAUUACAUUUUUCAAUAAAUAAUCUAAAUUCAAUAAGUUUUCAAGUUCUAUUAAAAAAUCCACAAAUAAAUGUUCAUUUAAAAAAUGCUGAUAAUUUAGAUCCGUCAUUUUUUGCACGUAUUCGACAAAAUUUAGAUGCUGCUAGAAUGAUUGAUGAACGUGUAGAAUCAAGUAAAGUAAAUAUAAGACCAACAUUUUUACGACGAUAUUUUACAAAUGAAUAUAAUCGAAGAUGGUUAACAAGAUUUUUUAUGUUUUUUGUUAUGACAUUAAUUGGUUUAUCAGCUAAUGCACAUGAAUAUAAUUAUUGGAUACGCAUUAUAUUUCCAAUUGUUGUUAUUUUUGGUUGUUCACAUUUAUUUAAUUAUUUUGUAUUUGAUUCGUAUACAAAAGAUAAUUUUGCUUUUUCAUAUGUUUUAUCAUCAUCAAUAUUAAUGUAUGUUACUUACUGCGUUUAUUUACAAGAAAAUAGAUUUACAAUAAUAGAUUUCAUUUAUCAUUUUUCAACAUUUUAUGGUAUUUACUGUUUAUAUUGUUGUAAAAAAUUGAAUCCAGGAUUUUUAAAACAACAAACAAUGGCUAUUGAUGGAAAUAAUUUAUCAAAAGAAAAAAUCUGCAUUGCAUUCGCACGUGAUCCACGAUGGACAUUAGAUCAUUUUUGUGUUACUUGUCUUAUACGUCGACCAUUAAGAUCAAAACAUUGUCCUUUGGAUGGAACAUGUGUAAUGAAAUUUGAUCAUCAUUGUAAUUGGUAA